AUGGCUGUGAUGAAUUGUGCGGGUGGGAGCGUGAAACUAAAUACUGGAUUCUCCAUACCGUUAAUUGGCUUAGGUACAUACAAAAUCUCGGGGCAGCAGACGGUCACCGCAGCUGUGGAUGCUGCUCUGAAAGUCGGUUAUCGGCUUUUUGAUACUGCCAAAUACUACGUGAACGAGCCAGAGCUCGGUCGUGCACUCCACGAAUUGCUACCGAAGUAUAAUCUAAAACGAGAAGAAAUAUUCAUCACUACAAAAUUUUUUUUAGCUGAAACAAAUAAUGCUGAACAUACACGAAAAAUGGUGGAUGAAUCUCUUAGAGACCUUCAGACAGAUUAUCUGGAUUUAGUCUUGAUACAUUAUCCAAAGGCUUCAGAAAGUAAAGACGACGAUCCUCGGAAUCCCCAAAAUCGUAAAGAUGCUUAUAUAGAACUUGAAAAAUUAAAAGAGGAACAAAAAGUGCGAUCAAUAGGUGUUUCCAAUUAUGAAAUUAAGCAUAUAAAGGAGAUUCAAUAUUUUGGAAAAAUGAUGCCAUCUGUAAACCAAGUCGAAUUUCAUCCCCAUUUCACGCGGAAUGAAUUAAGAGAUUAUUGUAAAUGUGAAGGGAUAUUCUUUCAGGCAUAUUCGUCACUGGCUAGAAAUCAUCCUGAUCUAAUAGAUGAUCCUACUAUUGUGAAAAUUGCGGCAGCACAUAACUCAACAUCUCAGCUCGUCCUCUUAGCCUGGGCACUGAAUCUUGGUAUAGGUGUCCUACCAAAGUCUUCGAGUCCAAAACGAGUGAGCAGUAAUUUUAAGGCCAUUGAUCUGAAACUCACCGAAGAAGAAACAAAGCUGAUCGGGAAACUAGAUAAAAACAAAAACUAUAUAAGAUGUGAUGGCUGGAAUGUUAAUUAA